UAAGAAAAGAGAUUUAACUUUGGGGGGUUUGGCAAAAGAAGAAGAAGAAGAAAUAAAAAGUCUCACCUUUGAGUCUGACCUCAGACUUGGAUUCUUCCGCUUCUUCUGCUUCUCUCCGCAUUUAACGCUUACGAAGUCGAAGCAGCCGAAGAAGAAGCAAGACGACUCUCUCUCUCUCUCUCUCUCUCUCUCUCUCUCUCUCUCUCCUUUCGCUUAGGUUGCUUGAAUCUCGAUCAAUCUCCUCUCGAAUCGAUUCUUUUCAAUUAGAGAGAGAAUAAUCUGAUCCUCACCCUAUCUGUUUUUCAUGGUGUUUGAUUGAUUGAUUGGUUGAUCUGUGUGUGUGUGUGUGUGUUUUCGAGCCUCUGUUCGAUUGAAAAUCGAUCUUCAGGGGUGUAGUAACUCAUAUUGUUACUUGUGUUUUAUUGAAGGCUAAUUUGAAGAUCAUUUUGUGGGCUCUCACACAACUCACAAGCAAGAGCUUACGGAAGAACAUAUGGCAGAAAAUGUUAAAGAGCGUGGUGAUGGAAGUAGUGCAGAGCUGGUAAAAUCCUUGGGUGAUAAGCACGCCAGUGUUAUCAGACCAGCUGCUAGAUACUACUCUGCUAUUAAAGAUGCUAUGGUUUGUGGGAAAGGAAGAUAUACGCUUGUAAAAGACGUGGAUGAUGUUGAAAAUGGAGCUUAUGACAAACCUCUCCCAUGCUUCGGUUGCGGAAUAGGAUGGUUCUCCUUCCUCCUGGGUUUUGUGUUCCCUUUCUUGUGGUACUAUGCGACAUUUCUAUAUUUCGGGAACUACUACCGCAAGGAUCCUAGAGAAAGAGCCGGCCUUGCUGCUUCCGCCAUCACUGCGAUGGGAUUCUCUCUCUUGCUACUGGUGAUUAUUGUUUUCAGGUGGUUUUAAUGGCUUCUUCUUACGUAUACACACACCAUACUCUUGAGCUAUAUAUGUAUAAUCUUGGUCCCGUCCUUGUCAAAAGGAUUAUAGAGGAGGGACUUUAGAUAUGUGUCUGUACAUUCAAUAUAUACCCAAAAUACAGAUAUUAUUAUAUCUCCUGUUUACUUAACCUCUGUAUCAUUUUCUCUUCUCACAGUCUACAAUGUGUACAAAGGAACAGUUAAUAAAACAAACGAAUAAAUGGUUGGUUGUUUCUUUCUUGAUCUGAUAAAAAUGUUUCUGGUAAUUAACAAACCAACGGAUGUGAAUUGGUAGAGCAAACCGAGUAGAACCGGAGUUCCAUUAAAGGUUUUAGUAACAAAAGUCCAAACCAAGUUAAAAAAAAAGCUUCAUACGGUCGCGGUUGUUUGAAAGAAGAGACAAAAAAAAAGAUGAACAAAAGGUUUGGGGGGAAGAAGCCGACGGGUACUCCGUCUCUAGCAUUGUCAACUGUCGUCGUUGUAGCCUCACUGCUCGCCGGAGCCUCCGUUGUACACAAUUUAUACAAGCCAGAUCUCACAUUACCGCAGAUGGGAACUGAUGAAGCGGACAAGCAGGACGAAUCUGGAAACAAGGAUUAGAAUCUUUCUUCUUGUCAGUUACCUUCUCUGUUUAUGUCUUGUACUUCAAACUCCUUUGGGUUCGGGAGUUAUCAGUUAUGUCCUUGAGACUUUUUUUUCUGUGUUAUGUAAUGAAUAAGUCCACUCACUGGUCAACUACUUUGUGAUCCAUCCAAGUGUGUGAUUGCAACUUUGCAUUUUA